AUGGCAGUGAAAGCUGUCUCAAACAAGGAGCAUCCUCUUGCGGGGGUGGUCCUUUGCUUCACCUCCAUUCUCCCAGAGCAACGGACUGAGCUAGCCACGAUCGCAAGUCAGAUGGGCGCAACCCACAAGUUCGACCUUACGUCCGAUGUUACUCACUUGAUCGUCGGCGAGACAAAUACUCCAAAGUAUAAGUUCGUUGCGCGAGAAAGAUCAGAUGUUGUUGUUCUCAAACCGGAGUGGAUCGAGGCUGUGCGCCAGUCAUGGAUGCAAGGCGACGAUACGGACAUUCGUGCCCUGGAGGAGCUACACCGACUCCCAACAUUCGCCGGUUUGUCGAUAUGUAUAACUGGCUUCGAGGACAUGGCUUUCCGGAACUACAUCCAAAACACGGCCACCGCCAAUGGAGCCGAGUUCAGAAAGGACCUAACGAAGAGUGUCACGCAUCUGAUAGCGCGCAGCCCCGAAGGCCAGAAAUACAAGUUUGCGACGCAAUGGAAUAUCAAGAUUGUUACCAUGAAAUGGUUCACCGACAGCCUAGAAAGAGGCAUGACUCUCGAGGAGACGCUGUACGAUCUUCAUUUGCCAGAAGACCAACAGGGAGUUGGAGCAUGGAACCGGUCAUUGCCUCCAGUAAAAGAGAAGCCUGUAGAAAAUGCAAGCUCCUCGAACCCACGUCCACGCAAACUGCGCCGAAUUGCAAGCGCUAAGCUGGGCGAUCAGAACGAAGGAAUCUGGGGAGAUAUCGUGGGUGGUGGUUUUGACAACCCGGACUUUAGGCGAUCCACCGGCAGUCAGCCGAGAAGCGAUAGCCAACCUCUUCGGAGAAAUGCAUCCAUAAUACAGGAAGUCAAGUCAUUUGCCAGUGAGAGUACCUUUCUGGAGCCCCAAGCAUCCCGUCCACAAAGUGCGGAGCCGACAUUGAAUUCGAGUGACGGGUUUCUCAGAGAGACUUAUUUCUAUAUCCAUGGAUUUUCCUCCAAGCAGACAAAUGUACUCCGCCACCAUUUAUCAUUCAACGGGGCCAAGAUAGUGGGCACCCUGAAUGAAUUCUCCAGACCUGAUAUUCCUAAGCGAGGACAUGGUCUCUACACUAUUGUCCCGUACAAGAUGCCUCGCAAUCAGAUACCCUCUACCGAUGACUUGGCAUUCGAAUGCGAGAUAGUGACCGAUAUGUGGCUGGAACGAUGCCUGGAUGCAAAAACAUUAGUACCGCCAGAAACUCAUGUGGCAAACACUCCGGUCCCCAGCUUUCCUAUCAAGGGUGAGUCCUGCGUUCCUGGUGCUUCGUAUAACGAAUACUUGACCCCGAGUGCGUCGAUCUUGGUCUGCAACAACGCAGGGCCAGUGAACAACGAAAAGCUCCGACAUACGCAAGAAUGGGGCGUGCCCGCCGUUUCUGCAGAUUGGCUAUGGGACUCCAUUCGGAGACAGCAAAAGCAAGCAUUGGAGCCGUAUGCUAUUCGCAAACCGCCCUCUCAAGGCAGCAAGGAUCUAGAAAUGCGAGCUGGCCCUCGCCCAGAUCAGCAGAAGCCACAAUCACAGACCAAUGGCAGCAAUCACUCCAAGAGUGCACAAAGCAGGCAUACUUCGCCGAAUGUCACCGCGAAUGGAACGAACAGAAGCUCCUCGCCUGACAACCACAAGACCACAGCACUCGACACUCCCCCGCGAAAGGAAAGGCCCGUUACCACACAGAAGGCUCCAAACCAGCCGCCCUCAAAUCCCCAAUCCCCAACAAAGGAACGAAACCCCACAAAUUCACAUCUGUCGCCUGCAAAGCGCCGCAUUUCAGAUGAAUCCACCAACUCCGCUGCCCAGUCCAUUGACCUCACGAUCAGUGGGUUCCUGAAGCAGGCGCAGGCAGCGAGCUCGCGCUCAACGUCAGAAACAGGCGAAUCCAAUCGCCUAAGACGAAGAAAGCCGCUGCUCGGGCGAGCGCCCUCUCUCCGCACAGCCGAGCAAAAGGGCAUCUCCCGCGCUAGCUCCAUCGAUACCCUCAAUGACGACGGAUGCGGCAGCGCCAUCGAUAGCGUCAAUACGGACGGGAUUGCGUCUUUUGUCAACAGCGGAAGAUUCGAAUUUGCCCCAGGAGACCGUCCAGUCGAGGAGGAUGAGACCCAGUCUCCUCCCAUGACGCAACUGAACUAUGAGGAUCCAGAUGCCGUCGCGAUGAGGGAGAAAUUCCUCCAUCAUGCCGGCAAGCUCGUUGAGAAGAAACCAACUGCGGAUGCGACGCUGGUUAUGGGACAGGUGAGAGAGCUCGAGAAUCCCGGAUGGGGCUCGGGACGAAGAACAAGGAACGCACAUAAGGCCGCGAAUGAUUUAAAUAAUGACUUUUGA